CCUUCGGCUCGCCUAUCCCCAAACCCAUUUCAACUCCAACGACUGUGUUUCCAAUCUCUCCUCUCCUCGUCGCCACUGGAGCUCUCCCACCGGCGGCUCUCAGGCCCGCCGCCGUCUUCUAGAAGGUACGAGCUCCCAUCUUCUAGAACAAUUCAGAUCUCUUCGAUCUAUUGUAGGGUUUAUUGAUUUCUUCUUUCGCCUAAUCCCAACCGAAACCGAUUCCAUCGAAACCAGAUCUGCUUUCUAAUCCCCUUAGAUCUACAAGAGCACUUCCUUAUAACCCUCCAUUAUAAGGUUUCCUCUUCCAGUUCUACACGUAGCAAGAUGGAGAGGUCGUCCACUCUCCUCGUCCACUUCGACAAGGGUACCCCAGCCCUGGCCAACGAGAUCAAGUUGGCACUCGAAGGAAACGACGUCGUCUCUAAGAUCGACGCUAUGAAAAAGGCUAUCAUGCUUCUUCUUAAUGGCGAGACCCUUCCACAGCUUUUCAUCACAAUCGUCCGCUACGUCCUUCCCUCGGAGGACCACACGAUCCAGAAGCUCCUACUUCUUUAUCUUGAGAUAAUCGACAAGACCGAUUCCACUGGCCGCGUCCUGCCGGAGAUGAUCCUUAUCUGCCAGAACCUGCGGAACAACCUGCAACACCCUAACGAGUACAUCCGAGGUGUCACCCUCAGAUUCCUCUGUCGCCUUUCCGAGGCUGAGAUCAUUGAGCCUCUCAUCCCCUCUAUUCUGUCAAACAUUGAGCACCGUCACCCGUUCAUCCGUCGCAAUGCAAUUCUUGCUGUCAUGUCCAUCUACAAGCUCCCCCAGGGCGAGCAGCUCCUUGCAGAUGCUCCCGAGGUCAUUGAGCGCAUCCUCAAUAGUGAGCAGGAUCCCUCUGCGCGCCGUAAUGCUUUCCUCAUGCUCUUCACCUGCGCCCAGGACCGAGCUGUCAACUACCUUCUAUCCCAUGUCGAUAAGGUUCAGGACUGGCCCGAGCAGCUACAGAUGGUUGUACUAGAUCUCAUUCGCAAGGUCUGCAGAUCUAAUCGUGCGGAGAAGGGCAGAUAUAUCAAGAUCAUCAUUUCGCUUCUCAGUGCCCCAUCUACUGCAGUCAUCUACGAGUGUGCUGGCACUUUGGUCUCCCUUUCCUCUGCUCCAACAGCAAUUAGAGCAGCUGCAAACACCUACUGCCAGCUUCUCUCACAGAGUGAUAACAAUGUCAAGCUUAUAGUUCUGGAGCGGCUCAAUGAACUAAAAUCCUCCCAUAGAGAGAUUAUGGUAGACAUGAUCAUGGAUGUUCUCAGGGCACUCUCUAGCCCUAAUGUUGAUAUUCGUCGCAAGACAUUAGAUAUUGCGCUGGAUCUGAUAACCCCAAGGAAUGUUGAUGAGGUGGUGCUGACGCUCAAGAAGGAGGUUGUGAAGACUCAAAGUGGCGAGCUUGAGAAGAAUGGGGAGUAUAGACAGAUGUUAGUUCAGGCUAUACAUACAUGUGCUAUGAAGUUCCCAGAAGUUGCAAGUACUGUUGUUCAUCUGCUGAUGGAUUUCCUAGGGGACAGUAAUGUUGCGUCUGCUGUUGAUGUAGUACUCUUUGUGCGUGAGAUCAUUGAGACAAACCCAAAGCUGAGGGUCUCAAUAAUCACAAGACUGCUGGAUACAUUCUACCAGAUCCGGGCUGCAAGGGUUUGUUCUUGUGCUCUUUGGAUUAUAGGGGAAUAUUGUCUCUCACUUUCUGAAGUUGAGAAUGGAAUCUCUACCAUCAAGCAGUGCCUUGGUGAGCUCCCAUUCUACACAGCUGUUGAGGAGGGUGAUGGUGCAGAUGCCAUUAAGCGGCCUCAGCAGAUAAAUUCCUCCAUCACUGUUUCUUCAAGGAGGCCAGCUGUCCUUGCUGAUGGAACCUAUGCCACACAGAGUGCUGCCUCAGAAACUGCAUUGUCUGCUCCUGUUCUUGCUCCCGGUUCCUUGGUUGCAGUUGGAAAUUUGAGAUCUUUGAUACUUUCAGGGGAUUUCUUUUUAGGAGCUGUUGUUUCUUGCACUUUGACUAAGCUGGUUUUGAGGUUGGAAGAGGUCCAGCCAUCCAAAACAGAACUAAAUAAAUUCUGUAGUGGGGCCUUAUUGAUCAUGGUCUCCAUGUUGCAGCUUGGACAGUCAUCGUAUCUUCCUCAUCCAAUUGAUAAUGAUUCAUAUGAAAGAGUAGUACUUUGCAUAAGGCUUCUCUGCAACACUGGUGAUGAAAUAAGGAGAAUAUGGUUACAGUCAUGCCGCCAGAGUUUUGCAAAGAUGCUUGCUGAUAAGCAGUUCAAUGAGACUGAGGAGUUCAAAGCAAAGGCUCAGAUAUCUCAUGCACAACCUGAUGAUCUUAUUGAUUUCUACCAUUUGAAGAGUAGAAAGGGAAUGAGUCAGCUUGAGUUGGAGGAUGAAGUUCAAGAUGACUUGAAACGUGCAACUGGAGAAUUCACGAUGGAUGCUGAUGAAGCCAACAAGCUUAAUCGCAUUCUUCAACUGACAGGAUUUAGUGAUCCAGUUUAUGCUGAAGCUUAUGUGACAGUUCAUCAUUAUGACAUUGUGCUUGAUGUGACGGUAAUCAACCGCACUAAAGAUACACUUCAAAACCUGUGCUUGGAGUUGGCAACAAUGGGUGACCUCAAACUUGUUGAGCGGCCACAAAACUAUACCUUAGCACCAGAGUCCAGUAAACAGAUUCGAGCCAAUAUUAAGGUUUCGUCCACAGAAACUGGUGUCAUAUUCGGCAACAUUGUUUAUGAGACUUCAAAUGUGCUCGAGAGAACUGUUGUUGUCCUGAAUGACAUACAUAUUGACAUUAUGGACUACAUCUCUCCAGCUAUAUGUGCUGAUGUGGCCUUCAGAAAUAUGUGGGCAGAGUUUGAGUGGGAAAAUAAGGUAGCAGUGAACACUGUUCUUCAAAAUGAGAAAGAAUUCCUCGAUCACAUCAUUAAAUCCACUAAUAUGAAAUGUCUCACAGCCCCAUCUGCACUGGACGGAGAAUGUGGUUUCCUUGCCGCGAAUCUAUACGCAAAGAGUGUAUUUGGUGAAGAUGCAUUGGUCAACAUUAGUAUUGAGAAGCAGUCUUCUGAUGGAAAGCUGAGCGGUUAUAUCAGAAUCAGGAGUAAAACUCAGGGGAUUGCUCUCAGUCUCGGCGACAAGAUAACACUCAAGCAGAAGGGAGGCAGCGGUUAGUGUUUUGCUUAGCAAUUCUUACAUCAAUAUCGAAUAAAAAAUUCUUCCUUAUUUUUGAAAAAAUGUUUUCUUGUUUUGCUACUACUGGAUCAUAAAUAGCAUUUCUUUAUUAUCUGUCUUCUUUUUUUGUUAAGUGACAGUUUAAUUUCUUCCUGUUGAUGAUAGUUUUCAGUGUAA